AUGGGGGUGUUGGCCAAGCUCUUUGGUGGGGGCAAGGCCAAGCGCCGCGAAGAGCUCUUGGUCAACGUCACCACCAACAUUGACCCCCACACGCUCUGGAAAUCCAUCGGUGAACUCGGUGAAGGUACCUUUGGCGUCGUCCGAAAAGUCAAACAUCUUCAUACGGGUGAGCUGGCAGCAGCCAAGGUCAUUCCCAUUGAAAGUGAGGAAGACCUGGAAGAUUACAUUGUCGAGGUUGACAUUCUGGCAGAAUGCAAACAUGAGACCGUCGUCGGCCUCCGCGGCGCCUACCUGUGGCAAAACAACCUCUGGAUCGUCCUCGAGCUUUGCGAAGGUGGCGCCCUUGAUGACUCACUCAUCG